AUGGCAACAGUCAUGCUCUGCUAAAAGUUUUGUUCUUUUGUUUAGCUCUAAGCUAACCUAUUGUUAUAUAAUAUUAGAAGGAUACUUUAUAGUAGCCUAUUAAAAGGCAGAAAAUUUAAUAUCUCACUAUUACAGUAUUACAUUAAAGAGCAGCAAAAUGCCUGAUGUAAAUCUAUACGGAGGCUGUGAAGGCCCUGAUGCUAUGUACGUUAAGCUGAUUUCGUCUGAUGGUCACGAAUUCAUCAUUAAGCGAGAAUAUGUUCUAACUUCAGGAACAAUUAGAGCCAUGUUGAGUGGCCCUGGUCAGUUUUCUGAAAAUGAAACUAAUGAAGUAAAUUUUCGUGAAAUACCUUCUCAUGUUUUACAGAAGGUAUGCCAGUAUUUUGCUUACAAGGUGCGAUACACCAACAGUUCUACUGAAAUUCCCGAGUUUCCAAUUGCCCCUGAAAUAGCAUUAGAGCUACUUAUGGCUGCAAAUUUUCUUGAUUGUUGAAAUAAACGUCACUUGAUCACAUUUCAUCCCUAUGCUACUGCAUAUUUAUCGAACUAUUAAAUUCAAGCCUGUACUUUAAUUUUGUUAUUUAUAUUGUUGUUUGUUAUUUAUUUGUGUAAUGAUUUACUAAUUAUUCACAUAUAAACAAAUAAAUGUAUCUAAUGAUUGCUACUUGA